AAUUAGGAUGGGGCUGCUGGGUGGCACGCAUAGGGAGAGGCCCUCAGGAUGGAUAUGACUGUGGGUGGAAGCUGGGGAUUAGGAAGGAAAAGCUGAGCGGACAGGAGAGGCAGACGCCUAUUCCUCAGGGAAGCCGUGUGGAGGGCUGCCAGUGGGGAAGAUUAGGACGAACAGUUCCCACACUAUGAAGACCGGUGUGCUCCUCCUGCUGGUGAGCCUACUGUGUGCAGAGAAAGCUCAGGGGUUGCGCUGCUACCAGUGUGUGGCGACCGCCACACCUGAGACUUGUCAACCAACCACCUGCUCCGACACUAACGGCGUCUGCGUUACUCAGGAGAUAAAAUCCACUGUGGAAUCUUACAAAAUGACAUUAAUAAGCAAGUUCUGCUAUCCCACCUGCCCCGAUAAGGAGUAUCCUGAAAAUCUGGAAAUCCUGGGCGUCACCGUCAACUCCAAGAUUUCCUGCUGUAACACAGACCUCUGCAAUGCGGCAGGUGCCACUGGGGGCAGCAUCUGGACCCUGGCAGGGGUGCUUGUGUUUAGCUUGGGGUCGGUCCUCCUGCAGGCCUGGUUGUGAUGGUCCUUCCUGCCACUCCCGCCCUCAUCUUCCUAUCCCCGUGUGUAAUCACUCCUUCCUGGAGCCCUCUCAUGAUGAAUUAUGAGUUAUAGAACCCUGAAGUGGGGUUAAGGUGUGGAGCCCCCAUCACCACAUCCUUCAGAAUGCCAUUCUGCUGUGGCUUGCUGAUCUCGGUUCUGGAGGCAUGUGGACAGUACCGGGAAGGGGAAGGAUUCCAAGGCAUUGUGCUCACGCUGUUUACACAUGAAUCUCUGGGCGCCUGUGGGUUUCCCCUACAUGCUGCUCAAAGUUGAGUUCAAUAAACCCUUUGUCUUCCUAGCCAAGAACUUCACUUUUCUUUUGCUACCCUGGGUCCACUGAGGCCUGACUGCUGACCCACAUCUCUGCCCUUUCAGCCAGCCCCAUAGCUAUCUCAUGUUACUCAGAUCGGAGUGGUGAAUCCCUUGGUUUGGGUGGGCCUUCCCUCAGAGCUGAUACUGGGGACAGAGAGAGGGUUCCUCCAUUUCCCAAGAGCCCUUGAUUGUGUUGGGGGAAGGGAUCAGCCAAGGAGGCGAGCCCUCAACGGUGGAUAGGUCUUGCCCUGCCAGAUUCUUUU